AUGCUGCUAUCUCCACUGCCACUGCCGCUGCUGCUGCUGCUGCUCCCAGACCCCUGGUCGGCCGGCGGCCACCCUCCGUACCUGCGCCUGCCCCCCAGCACCUUGCAAGUUCUGUCGGUGCAAGGCACGAAGGCACUGCAGGCUGCCCAGAGGAGUGCCCGCUGGGCGGUACAGCGGGUGACCAUGGAGAUCCAGCAGCGAAUGCAGGAGUGUCAGGCCUCAGGACCUCGGGGUUCCAGGCCUCAAGCCCCCCUCCUCCAGAACCCACCUGAGCCAGGGCCGUGUGGCGAGCGGCGCCCAGGGACCGCUAAUGCGACGCGGGCUCACGGUCGCAUCGUGGGGGGCAGCGCGGCGCCACCGGGGGCUUGGCCCUGGCUGGUGAGGCUGCAGCUCGGCGGGCAGCCUCUGUGCGGCGGUGUCCUGGUGGCAGCGUCCUGGGUGCUCAGCGCAGCGCAUUGCUUCACCGACGCCCCGAACGAACUUCUGUGGACAGUGACACUGGCCGAAGGACCCCGGGGCGAGCAGGGGGAGGAGGUGCUGGUGAACCGCAUCUUGCCCCACCCCAAGUUUGACCCGCGGACCUUCCUCAACGACCUGGCCCUGGUGCAGCUAUGGACGCCCGCGAGCCCGACGGGGCCGGCGCGCCCCGUGUGCCUGCCCCAGGCGCCCCGGGAGCCCCCUGCCGGCACUGCCUGCGCCAUUGCGGGCUGGGGGGCCCUCUUCGAAGACGGGCCUGAGGCUGGGGCGGUUUGGGAGGCUCUCGUGCCCCUGCUCAGCACCAACACCUGCCGAAGGGCCCUGGGGCCCGGGCUGCGCCCCAGCACCAUGCUCUGUGCCGGCUACCUGGCAGGGGGCAUCGACUCGUGCCAGGGCGACUCUGGAGGGCCCCUGACCUGUUCCGAGCCCGGCCCGCGUCCCAGGGAGGUCUUGUACGGAGUCACCUCCUGGGGGGACGGCUGUGGGGAGCCAGGGAAGCCUGGGGUCUACACCCGCGUGGCGGUGUUCAGAGACUGGCUCCGGGAGCAGAUGACGGCUCCCUCCAGCCGCGAGCCCAGCUGCAGGGAGCUUCUGGCCGCGGACCCACCGGACGAGCUGCUGGCUGUCGCGGCGCCGGCCUGCGCCUUCUACGCGCGCCCAUGCGAGGGGUCCGGGGGAGCUUGUGAGCGCCGGGCGCACCAACAGUGCCUGCAGCGCCGGCGACGAUGCGAACUGCGCUCGCUGGCGCACACCCUGCUAGGCCUGCUUCGUGGCGCUCAGGAGCUGAUCGGUCCUCGCCCGGGGCUGCGGCGCCAGGCCCCGGCCCGCCCCGCGCCAUUGCUCCGGGAGCCGCCAGGGCACCCGGCCCUCGAGCAGCGGGCGCACCCAGGAUCGCGGGCUGCAGGCAUGCGCUCCUGGAGGCGGAGACCAGAGCAGCGCCGGGAAACGAACGGCUGUCCUGGGCUUGAGCCCCUGAGAAAGAAGUUGGCAACCCUUCAGGGCAGCCAUGCCUGGAUCCUCCGGAUGCCCUCUGAACGCCUGGCCAUGGACUUCCAUGAGGUCCUGGCCGAUCUGGGCUCCAAGACACUGAGCGGGCUCUUCAGAGCUUGGGUGCAGGCAGGCCUCGGGGGCCGGCGCCUGGUCUUUGGCAGCCUGGUGGGCCUGGAGCCUGCCACGCUGGCUCGGAGCCUGCCCCGACUGCUGGCCCAAGCCCUGCAGGCCUUCCGCUUGGCAGCUUGGGCAGAGGAGGAGCUUGAGAGACCCUGGAGGGGGCAGGGUCAUGGGCUGGGGGGCAAGGGGCAGCACCCACCCAGCCCUCAGCUUCCUCGGGCCAGGUGGCCGUGA